GAACGCCUGUCGAAAAUAAACAUCACCCGUUUAAUUACGUGGCGAAAUGAUAAACUUGUCAAAUCUUUAUUCUGUGUCUCCACUUUGUCGGCUAUUGGACAGGUUGUGUUAGCAAAGAUGUGACUGUGCUUUUACAGGCGUACAAGGCAUGGGUUUUCGACCAUUGUCGCCCAGAAAUCUGAUUAUUUUCUCAGUGAUCAGUAUCUGCUUAGGAUUAAUUUGGCUGAUGAAAAACUGUUUUGGAGAGUUUUAUGUUUCUAGGUUUAGACCCAUCAAAGGAGUUCAGUAGCCAAGUACACAAUGUCAACCUCCAGAGUUUGAGGAAAAGAGAAUUACACCUCAACGUAUGGGAAAAAGAGAUUAAAAGCAAAAUGAAGCUUUUGGGGAUUUCAAGUAUGACAUUAUUAUCAAGACAAAUGCCUCUCAUUUAUGUUGUUACUCCAACCCACUCAGCACUGACUCAAAAAGCUGAUCUAACGCGGCUUUCACAAACGUUGCUACACAUUCCGCAAAUGCACUGGAUUGUUGUGGAAGACUCAGAGAUUAAAACACCUUUAGUUACCAAUUUUCUGCAUCAGUGUGGAAAUAAAUACACUCAUUUAAAUAUCAGAACUCGUAAUGAGUCAAUACGAAAAGGAAGAGAGCCAAGAUGGCUGAAGAAUAGAGGUGUUGAUCAGAGGAACUUAGCACUGAGCUGGAUGCGGGAACAUCACAAUCCUAAGCAUGGGAAGGCUGUGGUGUACUUUGCUGAUGAUGAUAAUACUUAUGAUAUCAGAAUAUUUGAGAUGAUGAGAUACACCAAGGGUGUGUCUGUCUGGCCUGUAGGAAUUGUCGGUGGUCUGAUAUGGGAGGGCCCUAUGUGUAAGGAUGGUCAAGUAAUCAAGUUUCAUACUGAUUGGCUGCCAGAGCGACCUCUUCCUCUUGACAUGGCUGGGUUUGCUAUCAAUGUACAACUUUUACUGGACAAUCCUUCUGUUAAUAUGGACCCUUUUGCCAAGAGAGGUUAUGUAGAAUCAUCCAUUGUUGGCCAACUUGUGACCAGGGAGGAUCUAGAACCUUUGGCAGAUGACUGCACAAAGGUUCUUGUGUGGCACACACAAACAGCAACACCAAAAAUUAAAAACGAAGAAAGGCUGCAAAGAUUGGGGAAAGGUUCACCAACAAUGGAGGUUUAGUGAUAAACAUAAUAAAACAAUUUCUUAAAGGAAUCAAACAUGGCAAAUUAGAUUUGGCUUUUAAAAAAUAACAAGAAAUAUAUAUACAAUAUAAGGUUUAAAUCAAUUUUAUUAGAACCCUACAACAACAACAAAAAAAUGAAGCUGGAUCAUCAAGCAGAUUACAAUAUGGCAAUAUCAACACACAUAUGGCACUAUUUGUAUAUACUAUGCCACAUAUGUCAUAUUAUAUAUGAUUUGAGAUAUUUGAUAUAUAUUUCUUCACAAAAUUACAUAUAAAUAAUAUAUAAAACCGAAUUUACAUUGUCAAUUUUUGUUAUGGUAGUUCCUGCCAAUGACCAUUUGGCGUUUUAAACGCUUCAGCACUUAGAUCUUAUUUUAGUACUUUUAACUUUAAGCCCCAUGCAAACAGUGCCAAAAUGAAAUGGUCAGUAUUGUCUUUCUGGACUGACCACUUGACAAAGGGCAUGGUGAUAUUUUCUUUGUCUUGUGGAUGGUAGAGCGAGACUGUUAGCACUGUUUUCAAAGAGCUUUAGUCCCAUCCCUUACAUAAUUUGUCCAAAUUAUUGUAUUCUUGAAGGCUUACCCCUACACCUAGCCCCUUCUCUUCAACGCCUCUUGAUUAAAUAUUAAUAAGAUGUAGAGCCUACAAACUCCAUGUAUAUUAUAGCAUGUAUAUUAUAUAUCAGACACGAUCUAGAUCUAGAUUUAUGCAUAGAUGAAUUUGUCAAACUAUAUUGACACAAUCGUAUUUCCACUUUUAAGUUAAAAUUUUCUCUUCACUUUAAUUUCUUGAACUUUUUUAUCUUUUCUCAAGUGUCACGAAAAUACGAAAUAUACCAACGAAAUUGUUCGAUGA